GUAUGUCGUAAUAAGAAGAGACACAUUGUGUAACUGGAACAUGACUGUAUUAGUCAGUCUCAGGUGUGCAGCACACUUUCACGUUGUCCUUCACCUUUACGAGCAGUCAAACACGUCAAAACACCUUAACCUUAAUGAGUUCAUUCACUCACACACCCACACUAACUUCUCAAAGCAAACACACACACUAACACACACCCAAACACACACCCCUUGUCUCACAGCCUCGGCACUUUGCUUAACUACCUCCUGGAUUUGUCACCGCUGCACCGUUUAUUUCACAAUCCUCCGUGUUCCGGGCUCGGCUUUAAUUCAGCCUGGUCCCAUUAUCAGCAGCAGCAGCAGCGUUAGCUCGUAUGGAGCUCAGACGGUGGAUUCAUCCGUCAAACACUCGUCCCCCAGCUGCUGCUUAAUCACCGGGGGUUUUCCCGGCAGGGAAAAGCUGGCCGUGGCUCGCCUGCAGAGGGAAGUCGCACGGAGCAAAAGCGAAGGAACAAUGCGAGAAAAGCUGAUCCACGAGCUAGAGGAAGAGCGACGUUUGCGACUGGAGAGCGAGAAGCGUCUCCGGGAAGUCACGGAGGAGUCUGAGCUGGGACGGGCGCAGAUGGUUUCACUGCAGCAGCAAUUCUCCAGGAUGGAAGAGACGGUGCGGUCGCUGCUGCAGAAUCAAACCGUCGUGGAGCAGACCGCUGUGGACACGGUGGACAUCAUGAAGGCCUACAAGGAUAAACUCUCAGAGGAAGUGCAGAAGCAGCACGAUGGCCCAGAAGAGAACGGCUCCCCCCAGCAGCCGCAGCCAGCGACUCAAACGGAGCCAGACCCCGCCAGGCUGCAGCCGCCGCCGCCUCCGAAUGCCGAUCCUGAUGAAGCAGAAGAGGACAAAGACAAAACCAAGCCCCUCAUGGAGCGCCUCAAGGCCCUGGAGGAGCAGAACUCGGCACUGGCCUCGGAGAACGAGAGCCAGAGGGAGCAGUACGAGCGCUGCCUGGACGAGGUUGCAAAUCAAGUGGUGCAGGCGCUUCUCACCCAGAAGGAUCUGAGAGAAGAGUGUCUGAAGCUGCGCACUCGAGUUUUCGACCUCGAGCAGCAGAAUCGGGCGCUUAGCGUUUUGUUCCAGCAGCGGAUCAAACCCGCCUCGGAUCUGCUUCUCCAGAAGCUCCACUCUCGGAUCAUGGAUUUAUCUGCGGCAGAUUUGCUUCUGGAGCCGGAGAGAAGCAAGGCCUUCCUGCUUUCCAGGAAUACAGACUCUCCCUCCAAUGAGGUUCAGUUGAAUGGAAAGGCAGGUCUCCCUGUGGCCAAGUGUCUGAGCCAGCUGAGUCUCACAGUGCCAGCUCCUGUCUACCCACGCAGCAGCUGCAGCAGUAGUGAGUUGUCGCUGUCAAGUGCAUGCAGUGAAUUCUCCAGCGGUUCGUACACCUGGAAUGAUGGACGCUCCUGUGAGAAAAUGUCAUCUCUAACCUGGGAGAAGAGGCUGAGUUUGGGUUCGUCGGCCCCCAGUAAUAUCUGCGCCGCCCUGGAGGAGCAGCAGCCCACAAGGCGCAAGGAGAGCCACAUACUGGAAGGACUGAGAAAGCUUCAGAGAAGGAAACACAGGAGCUCCUCUGCCUCUUUCAAGGUCUCCAAGUCAGGCGAUAAAGACUGCAUGAACUCCAAUGAGGGCAUCUACUCCCUGGGUAUCAAGAGUAGCAGUAAAGGGGUGUCCAAGCCUACCCAUGUGGGUAGAAAUUUAGCUGUUGGCAGCAGGAAGUUCUCGUAUGAUUCGGAUGAUGCUGAUGAUGAGUUGGCACAUUCCCGUCGUGGAGAUAACAUCCCCACCAAGGACAGCUGGUUUUACUGUAAGAGGCUUUCGCACAGCAUCUCAGACAGUUUGUGUAGCUGGGAGGGGAUACAGGACAGUGGAGGUGGAGGUGACGGUAGCUCAGGUGCCACGGCUGUGAAACACCCUUCUGGUUAUGACUCUAAAGAGCGUCCUGAGAAACUUAUGAGUUUCAUAAACAGUUUUCUCCCUGAGGGAGGGCGGACAUCAGCUUUUACUAAACCAUCUAUGCUGCACUUCAACCCUUCUGAUCCAGAAGGUCCUAAUCACCUCUCCGAUGUGGACGAUCCAGAGGAACUCAACUCUGAGUCCAGUGACAUGCGAACGUCCUUUAGCCAGCCACCAGAGCGAGCAGAGAGGGACUCCAAGAGACUGUCAAGAGACGCUGCUAAGCUGAUCACCCAACAGUGGUUGCGAAGAGAUCAGGGACGCACCCAGUCUGCAGAUGGGAGGCCCAGGCCUUUCAGCCUAAUUAAGGAGCCCAAAGUGGCCAAAUGUACUCAGUCUGAGGAGAGCAUUUUGGCCAUAUUUGAUGCAGAAGGAGAGCCUAUUGAACUUUGUACGGGUGCAGGGUCUCGAAAUGACAUUCAAGGUAGUAAGGUAGUUUCCGAUUACACAGAACUGGUGCCCCAAGAGAGGCCAACAAGGCAAAAAUCAGGAAAUGCAAGAAACUACAGUGUUCUUGAAUCUCCAGAGAAGUUAUCCGAGCAUCAAAUUAGGUCUAGCAAAACGAGCAAUAGCAGGGAAGGCAGUGCAGAGAGGCUGUCAAUGCAGUUGACACCACAGAGGAAACUAAUUAAACCACCGAGCAGCCGAUCUAAUAAACGCCUUUCCAUCCCUCCCAUGAACGAUCCUGCAGGUCCAAAGUCCAGUGGUUCAAAGAUACCCGGUCGUAACAAACCUUCAGGAUCCCCUCUGAGAACGUCCAAGGACUCCAUCAAUGAACCAUCUAACAAUGGAAACUCAGGACCCUCUGUUCAGGAGAAAUCCCCCUCGUCUCCUACAGUCAAAAUAUCCAGGUUCAUCAAGACACCGGGAACCUGUUCGCAGAGCCCAAAGGCAGUAAACUCCAAGAUCUCCAGCAGGGUUGAAUGGAAUAAGGGCUCCUCCUCCAGUUCCCCACACCUCCCAAGGAGGCACCUGGAGUAUGCUGACAAUGGCGAACAGCCAACCAGAGACAAACACUGUGAAACCAGCAAAAAUAAACUCAGGUCCCCUUCUCCUCCCCCUCCGCCUGGCCGCACCACCUCCUUACUGAUAAGACCAAAUUACGAAGGGUCGCCUCAAGCACAUAAAACAUGGGUGGCUCAACCAUCCACACCAACCACUGUGAGGGGCCCUCCCCCAAGUUACCACACCUCAGUUUUACCAAAUAUGCAAACUACGCUACCCAUCAAGGAUAAAGACUGUUUAGAAUUGGAUGCAGGCUACGGGACUGCACUUGCACCUCAGAAACUGGUCGACAAAGCCAGUCAGCACCUUCAAAAGUCCCCUGCCACAACUCAGACACCUACUAAAGGCACUUCCAAGAGGAUGGCCACAAAAGACUACCUCCCUUCUGCAAACUCAGGGUGUGCUCCAGAAACUGAAAAUGCACCUAAAAGCUCAAAGAAUGUCCCUCCUCCGUACAGUGCCCUCAGAGGGUCCUCAUUUGCAAGUAAAAGAGGAUCAGGCCAUGAAAAUGUCCACCACAUAGUGCAGAAGACCUCUAUUAGUUUACCUAUAACACUUCAGGACCCGCCUCAAGGUAAAACCGAACCACAAAGUGGCAAAUCUCUAGUCAGCCCACCCAGCUCAGUCACGAUUUCCCCAGAAAAAGGCUCAAGGACUCGCAUCCCAAUGGGGUUUAAAGCAUUUUUAAAAUCUCCCCCUAGCCAUAAAAAUAGUCCCUCUAUACCAGGCAAGCAAGAGAAAGAUCAUAUCAACUCAGUCUCCAAGGAGACUGUGACUUCAAAUGCUUCCACUCAGUGUGACAGCUUGCAGCCAGCGUGCAUUGAUCCACCACCCAAUACGUCCAUUACAGAGGGGAAAGGUGAGGUACAGUGUAGGUUACUGGAAAAGGAAGUAAACGCUGCUGUGUUACCAGAGGAGGGGGAUGUUUGUGACAAAGGGAAAAGGAAUAGUCAACUUUUCUCUAGAUCCAUAUCUGUUACUACCAAGCCUCAUCUAAAGCCGGCCUUGGGGAUGAAUGGAGCCAAAGCCCGGAGCCAGAGUUUCAGCACCAACUACAUCGAGAAACCCAACAUCAAUGCUCUAGACGGGCCGGGAAAAAUCCGAACUCAGAUCAUCACCAACUCAAGUGAAAGGGGGAACUCAUUGUCGAGGCAAAGUUCCUUGGAGGUUCCCAGUGUUGGGUUAGCUGAGAGUCCUGUCCAUUCCCCCAGGACGAGGCUUAGCUACUACGCAGGCAUGACAGGGUCGAAUAGUCACAACAUCGUCCCUGAUCGGACUUCUAAAUCCGGCUCCAAAGGUGAAGGGUCACAGGCCACAGUGAAGGGGGAGACGGUCACCUCACCUUCUCAAAAAGAGGUGCGCAGCUUACCCAUCAGUGACAGGAUCGGUUUGAACAUCCUUAAGCCAGCAAAAGUUGCCUCCCAUCCGCAGUUUCAGCCUCCGUCCUCUUGCGUCUACAGUUCAGAAAACCUGCUGCGAGAGACAGCAGGCACAGCAACCACCCCGAACGAACCAGACUUCAGCAGGGAUGUCAAAACCCAGACAGAUUCCCCAAACAAAGCCCCAGACAUGGAGGAGAAAAAGAUCAGCCCAACAGUCUGCACCAUCGAAGAGAAAGUUAUGAUGGGGAUCGAACAGAACUUGCAGAAAUGUCAAGAACAGGAGAAGGUCGCUGCCAACGAGGCCAAACAGAAAACCGGCCCCUCUCUGGCAAACUGGUUCGGCCUCCGUAAGAGCAAACUUCCAGCUCUGAGCGGUGGUAAGAAAGCAGACUCCCCCAAGGGAAAAGAGGAGAAAAAAGAACUGAAGAUCGGAUCUGUGCUCGGAGGCAAACAGGUGAAGUCCGACAAGAAGAAGGAUAAGAAGAAAAAUGAUAGCCAGCAGAAAGACAGUCAGGAGGCGCAGAAUCUGUCUGAGGUGAACAACAAGCUGAGCUCCAUCAUGGACCACUGCAACAACCAGAUGGGUCAGAUUGCCAGCCAGAUCCAUUGUACGACAGCGUUUAUCGGCAAAGAUCAGUUCGUGAAAGAGCUUCUUGGAAGGACUGCUGUGAAGGGCAACUCGGUGGUUGCGUCGCCGCCUGGGAUCUCGACGCCCAAGAAACACGGCGAAAUGAAGGGAGAUAUGGAGAUCUGUCCUGAUACUGCUACUCUUCUAAUGACUCAGAAGAUCAACCUGAGGGCUGAAAACGAGGAGGGACGCAUCGCUGGUACAACUUGUCAAGACCACAUGAUAGGCUCCGGCUGUCAGAUGCGAACCCUGGACAGCGGGAUCGGCACUUUCCCUCUCCCCGACUCCGUCACCCGGGCCGGUGGUCGCCACAUCCCUAAAUCUGAAUCCAGCCCCGACAGGGUGACCGCCGGCUCCUCGGAGCUCAGUCGGGAGACUUCCUCUUCUCACCCAGAACCCUCACGACCUGAUGUGAAAGUGCCUUCCCUCCCUAAAACCCGCCUGCAUGCCCCGACCAGCAUGGGUCACUCCCUGUCCGACCCCAGCGUGACCUGCAGCAGCAACAACGCACAGGACACCCAGAGCCGGCUGCCCAAGCUAGCAACGACAGAUGCAAUCAGGACAAAGAGGUUGAGUCUUGGCGCUCCACGCAGCAACACCUCCACGGAGGACAAAGAGAAAGAGAGGAAGGUGAAAAACAAGGACCAUAACAUGUCCGGUGAGCGAGCCCUCCAGGUGUGCACGUACUCUGGGAGCAGCAGCGACACUGAGACUGAACUCGAGGGGACCGGAAGCACUUUGGUGUCGCCGCAACGGACGCUGAUCUACAGAGCUAAGAAGAGCGACUCAGUCGACCAGAACGAGGAGACCCUGAAGAGAAGCAGCGUGGAGAAACCGCUGUCGAUCAUGGACUACUACCAGCAUGACGUGUUUUCACAUCUGGAGAAGGACAGCAGGAGGAUUUCCCAGUACAACCUGUUGCACAAAGAGUCAUCGCUCGAUGGCAAAGCAGGAGACAGACUCAGCAAGGAGAUUCCCUUGGAGAAGACGCCCGUCAGCGCAAACCAGCCGCCGUCUCUCGACUUCUCCUUGGAGUCCCUGAACAAGCUGAAUCACAGCAGCUCCUGCAGCGGCAGCCUGUAUCCUGAUGCCGGUUUAGGCAGCCGCAGGGACUGCCACGCCGACGCCGGGAAGAGCGUGGAGGACUGCUGCAAGGUGGACGAGCCCUCCUCCUCCAGCUUCUCGAGCAAGCCCGGGGCAGAUCCCGUGGGAUCCCUCAGCGACUCACUGUACGACAGCUUCUCCUCAUGCACCAGUCAGGGCUCCAAUGACGUGUAGGGGCGACGAGCAGGGCGGCAGGGCUGCAGUGAAGAUCUGGGUUGGUCAUUAUCAACUUUUGUUUGGAUGUGGAGCCCAUUGAAGUGGAUCUUCAGGUAGAUUUGGAUUUUAGUUUUUGCAUUUGCAAGUAAAAGAUAGUCCUUGAUCUCGGCUUCCACUUGAUCCUGACUGCCGCCCUGCUUCAGCCCCGUCCUCUAACAAACAACACGAAGCACUUAGUGGAGCCGGAGACACGAGGAUGAAACCUCAACCCGAACACCAAAACCAGGACUUUUUCUUUAAGUAGUUUGACUCUGGGUGUGGUGGACUGGACGGCAAUAACACGACGUCUGUUUUCUCCUCCACACGCUGGGGGAACUUGUUAUCAUUGCACUGUAAGAAAUACUGUACAAAGUCUGUAAGGAGUGUAAAGUGAACGAUUGUUCGAGCGCUGACUUCUGGGAGCUGAUGGGCAACAUUGGUGUGUAGCUGCAACAGAACUGUUGCUUUGAUUGCAUUCCUGUUUGCUAGGGUUUAAACCUAAGGUGUCAUUUUAUGUUUGCUGCUAAGUGCGUUGCCCAGCCCAUAAAUAACACGCCUGGUUCAUCUUUUAAAACUACACAACAACAUUUCUGUCCAUUUUAAAAGGUUGCCAAACUUGUCUUUGUGUUAUUUUGAUAACGGCGAAACAAAAACUAGGAACAAAUCUCACUUCUAGCAGCAGAAGCUGAAGCAGACGAUGAUGCCAUGUGGUACAUGAUGAUGUUUCAGUGUCCGGCUCGUACGCAGGUACAGCCAACGACCAACUUUUCUGGCUUGAACACGCCCAGCGUCACUGUUGGUAGCUCAGGGAACAUACUGGACUAACGUAGAUUGUAAGAAUCAAAAUGCAGCCGUCAGGAAAUAAAUAAGACUUUUUAUUUUUAGAGUUCCUGAUGCAAAACUCCACGAUCCAAACAGACUAGUCUCAUGUAGCAUCACAAACCUCAGCUCAUGUCACACUUGUAUAUUAUGUUGUAUAUAGAGUUAUAAGUUAAUAUCAGAACGGGCAUUGCUGAUUGAUAUAUGCAAAUGAGAAGAAGAAAAAAAUGUUUGCCAAUCAUUCAACCGAGGUUUUAGUUUGAAAUCUUUUUUCUUUUUCGGGGUUUAAAAUCUUUAUUUUGAUCAAUAAGAGCUAAAAAAAUAUUUUAUCACUUUAUUUUAAAGACAUACUUUGAACUUUUAGGUGAAGUUAAUGCCAAAAUCUAUCUGGAAUUUGACCAGAUGGUGCUAAUCAACAGAGCCGACUGUGCGUGUGUGUCUCCAUUUUUUUCUAUGAAACUGUUAAUAUUGUAUGAACAGAGUCUGAUGUGUAUUUUUCUAGAUGUCCAGUAUUUAUACCCACAUUUUGUAUUGUCAGACUGUAGUGUGAUUGUCAUGCUUCACCCCUCUCCUUAAAUGUUCCUUUGUAAAGAGAAAUGGUUGCCAGCAGUGUUACUUUGGUAAUUAUUAUUAAUGUUAUUAUUAUUAUUAUUAUUAUUAUUAUUACUGUGUGCAAUUUUGUCUGUUACACCAGACUUUAAUGCUAUAUUUUAUGUAACUAUUUCCUAAAUAAAUAUGAGAUUUCCUAUUUCAAA